AUCUGCAUCGGAAAUCACAGGGACCUUUUCCUUCAGGCUCAGCUGGGAGGCCAAGGAGUGUUUUGCAAAAGCUGUUUAGCUGAAGUCUGAAAUAGCGGUGGAGGUAGCACUCUUCUAAGCCCUCUGCCCCGGGUGGCACUGAAGGUUCCAAAUGCAACCAGAGUCCAGGCAGGCCCUCUUGCACGUGGCCGUGGCCAGCUGCCUCUGCGCUGCCGCCGUCUCCGUGGGCGUUUUCGAUGGCGUCGCAGUCCAAGUGGGCUACGAGCACUAUGCCGAGGUGCGCGUAGCCGGCCUCCCCGCCUUCCUGGCCAUGCCCUUCAACUCGCUCGUGAACCUGGCCUACGUGCUCCUGGGAGUGCACUGGCUCUGGAGAGAGGCCGAUGCCCCGGGGCGCGGGGCCGGCUACCUGAAGGCGGCCUUUGCCGGCAUGGCCCUGGUCUACGGCCCCGUUCAGUGGCUGCGGAUUGGGACGCAGGCGCGGCCUGCCGCAGUGCUCGACCAGUGGCUCACCCUGCCCAUCUUCGCGUGGCCGGUGGCCUGGUGCCUCUACCUGGACAGGGGCUGGGAGCCCUGGUUGCUCCUCUCGGUUGAGAGCCUCUCCCUGUGCAGUUACAGCCUCGCCCUGCUGCACCCCCGUGGCUUCGACGUGGCGCUGGGGGCUCACAUGGCGGCCGCCGUGGGCCAGGCCCUGCGCGCCCAAGGGCGGUAUGGCAGUGCCGCCUCGGCCGCCUACCUAGCCCUGGGCGUGCUCUCCUGCCUGGGCUUUGUUGUCCUCAAGCUGUGUGACCAUCAGCUCGCACAAUGGCGCCUCUUCCAGCGCCUCACUGGCCACUUCUGGUCCAAGGUCUGUGACGUGCUCCAGUUCCACUUUGCGUUUUUGUUUCUGACAACUUUAAACACUUGCCAAAGACCCUGCCCUGAGGGGAAGAUGCAUUAACGUGUGGAAAGAAGCUGCUGAAGACUGAUGACCCGCACCUUUGGA